GCUGGCGCCUUACGACGGCCGCCCGGUCUGUGGACUUCGAUUGUACGAUCGCCUAUCGUGUGCUAUCGUAUGGAGGGGGGGCAGGGGACUGUAGCAGGGGCUUUCUUUAUUCUAUGGAGGCUUUAUGGCCCUAUGGAGCGUCGAUGAAGCCUUCUGCUGAUGUUUGUUGUGCCCAUGAAGAUAUAGCCUAACUCUGCAUCGUUGACAACAAAUAGCCGCAAGUGCUGAUUGCUGCUGGUUGGCUCAGUCCAGAAUUUGGCCUCACAAAUGGGAUGAGCCUAGCUGAAAGUAUCACUGCCAAAAUGGCAUGCCACGCCCUUUCCAAGGUGAUCGGUCAGAAGGAGGUUGGCACGCAGUGCAGCUUCUUGCCUCUGGCUGACAAGUCUGUUGGGUGCUCCUUCAAAGCAGCCAGCAAGUCGACGAGCGUGCAGACUACAGAGACUGUGGAUCAGUCAAGCUCCACCUCAGCAUCGAGGCCUUCUAUUUCUCCAUCAACAGCCAACGGUGACAGUUCACAGAAGGGAUGCCUCCACCAAGAUCAUCUCUGUGACUAUGAGGCUGAUAAACUGUUUCCUCCGGAAGCACAUGCCAGGGUCCAUGCUGGCGAGUGUCUGUUUAAAUGCCAUUUGUGCCCUCAGAGCUUCUCAAGAAAAGGUACCCUGAAGAGGCACUUGUGCGUCCACACGGGUAAGCAGCCAUUUCAAUGCCCUUCAUGCCUUCAGAGCUUCUCACAAAAAACCAACCUGAAAGACCACCUUCUCAUCCACACAGGUGAGAAGCCAUUUCAGUGCCCUUCAUGCCUUCAGAGGUUCUCACGAAAUGCCCAUCUGAAAAUCCACCUGCGCACCCACACCGGUGAAAAGCCAUGGCAGUGCCCUUCAUGCCCUCGACGCUUCUUGUAUAAGUCCACCAUGAAAAUCCACCUGGGAACGCACACAGGCGAGAAGCCGUUACAGUGCCCUUUAUGCCCUCAAAGCUUCUCGCAUAAUUCCGGCAUGGAAGACCACCUGCGCACCCACACAGGCGAGAAGCCAUUUCAGUGCCCUUCUUGCCCUCGUGUCUUUUCGUGCAAGUCCAAUAUGAGGAAACACAUACGCAUCCACACAGGUGAGAAGCCAUAUCAGUGCCGUUCAUGCCUUCAGAGCUUCUCACAAAAGUCCCAACUGAACACCCACCUGCGCAACCACACAGGUGAGAAGCCGUGGCAGUGCCCUUCAUGCCCUCGACGCUUCUUGUAUAAGUCCACCAUGAAAAUCCACCUGGGAACGCACACAGGCGAGAAGCCGUUACAGUGCCCUUUAUGCCCUCAAAGCUUCUCGCAUAAGUCCGGCAUGGAAGACCACCUGCGCACCCACACAGGCGAGAAGCCAUUUCAGUGCCCUUCUUGCCCUCGUGUCUUUUCGCGCAAGUCCUACGUGAAGAAACACAUGCAUACUCAUACAGGCGAGCAGCCAUUUCAAUGCCCUUCGUGCCUUCGGAGCUUCUCGCUGAAGAGUGCCAUGAAGCAACACAUGAGCAUUCAUGCAGGUGACCAACCAUACCGUUGCACUGUCUGCUCCAAGUCGUUUGCGCGGGCUGAUUACUUGAGUAGGCAUAAGAGAACACUGCACCAUGGUACUGUAGAGAAGGUCAGCAGCCACGUUGAACUACGUCAAUUUUCAAAUAAAAAUCUAUAGACAUGGAGCGUGCUGCAGGGUGUUCUGCUGCAUCAGGCAGCACAGGUGGUCUUAAUGUGCUUUUAAAGGGGCCCUGGUACGCUUUUUCUGGGUCGCCAUGUUUACGCUAAAUCUAUUCUCAGCGUGCCAUAAAACGGAGCAAAAUAAAUGAUGAAAAUCGACCCACACAAACCUUCUUAUUGCUCAUAAAAAAUUCUAAAUACAAGUGAAGGGAGAGUUACCCUUCCAUUGAACAUUUCACUUUGCCAUGACUUCAUGCGGCGACAUCUAUGGCAGCAAGCCUGCUCAGCCUGUUCAUGGCGUACCCAUGGCCUCUACAAUCUGGCGGUUCGCGGUCUAAUCUGGUAGGCCAUGGCUUCACAUUUAUAGUGACGUCAUGGCCUCGGCACCAAAGUGCUCGGCAAGGGGUGCAUAAUUCUCAUGAUUGCAACACCUUGCCCAUGGAUGUGCAUUACCUUAAAUGGUUCUAAAAUGUAACGCCAUUGCACCUGGGAGUGCUCACACCCUCCGGGCCACUCCCCUAUUCCUUCACCUUCCUCCUAGGAGACUACGCUGACCAGCUUAGACCCGCAAAAGCAGCGACGGCUGAUUCAGCCGGCACGCUACAAGGAAGUCGCCCCACCUCAUUAACAAUAAAUGCUUUCUCUCACUUUUUUCGUAGUAUGCUAUAACUUUUUGGAAAAAAAAUGCUAGAAAAAAAACAUUUUACCUUGGCAAACAUACCGUCUGAAGUCACUGAAACACUUGUGGCAGGCUCAACUGUAGUUGAUAUCUACGUACUGCACAAAUUGUUGCAGCAUGAGGCACUGACACACACUGAACUGGUGGGGCGCGAGCAGCUUGAUACUUGUGUUGUUUUCUCCGCUGCUUCGCAAGCUCUCGUUUGCACUCUUGAAUUGGACCUGGGUCAGCAGCUUUUGGUGGGAAGAUUUGACAGGCUCACUCGGCGAGAAUCGUUGCAGUGUAAGGGUGCACGUGCGACGAGCUGGGCUUGCUCGAGCAGACCUAGAUACGUUAUGUGGUUUUCCGACUGCACAGUGUUUAAAAGUGGUGAUGGAAAACUGAGAUGAGAUCGAGCUGGUGGAUGAUUCCGGAAUACGAUGUCGCCACAGCGUAACAUUACGCUCAUUUCACGCCGCCUGCAGCAGGGAACAGCGGUGUGUUUGAAUUAUCGCCUAUUAAAUGCGUGCAUUACGCUUCCAAAGACACUAUGCCACAGGUGCUAUGAAACGUAUAGGGGAGAAUGCUUAUCGCAAUAGCGUAGGCUGCGAUGGCUGUGAAUGCAACGUGCGAUGGCCGAAGAGAUUUGCUGAUAUCAGAAUUGGAAACUAAGUGCGUGCCAUCAUUUUCAUUUGGCACGGGAGGGUACGUACUGCGGAGGAAGCUGCUGUGGCGAGCGCCUACUGCUAUCAAUCGUGUGUGCCUCACACCUUUUCUCGUUCGCAUAAGAUAUAGCGGCCGCAACACAUGUGCAGUUUAGAGAUUUACUGAACGCUUGUGGUGAAAGAUCUUAACUUCCAGGAAUGUAUGGAAGGGUCCCUGGAACGAUUUUGACAAUAUUGUACAAACACCCUGAGUCGUUACGGUAGGUGCUUCAGAUCAUUAAGUGAUACAUUUAAGCGCUUUGAGUAUUGCGUGUAACUUAUUAUAAGUAGGGGUGCGCAAAUAGCAAUUUUUGAGACUGAGACUGAAUCAAAUACAGAUAGACUGGUAUGAGAAUCAAAAUUAAAUAUUGAUUGCUUGCCAAUUGCGAAAGCCACUGGGAGAAUCGCAAGUUGGCGCAGUGUUCUACAAGAUGGCGCCAGCUGCUUCGCAGUCCGCGUUGCCGGCGAUCGUGCAAGCGUCAAUAGAAGAGAAAACGAAAAAAAGACAAAAGGGAACGGCAGCCUUCCCUCUUUCUCUCAAAGUGCGGAAAUGAUCCACGCAAGCGGCUGCAGCUGCGCCGACAAAGCACAAUACUGUGUCGCUUGACAGGAAGUUGUGAAUUUUGCAAAACUCAAAGAAGUACGAGGUCGCGCAGUUGAUGAUAUCUAUGAUUCUGAAAACUGGGAGCGGCACAAUCAUGAAGUCUACAACUGUCAGAUGUAAGAGGCACGCGGCGUGAAAAAAAAAGAGAACGAGAAGCACGUAGUAGUCCGAACGGCAUGAGCCCUCGAGGCGCGUGACCCUGAGCUGUAAUUGAGGUUGAAGAGACGCUGAGCUGUGAUUGUCGACGUGGUUCUGGGACAGGAAGGUCGCAUCGUCAGCACCGCACUGGCGACGGGAGCCUUGGAGGUUCGGUUGAGUCCGUGACGCUGGCAGUCCAGGGUGUGGCCGUCGACCUCGGCAAAGUUCUAGUGAGGCUCCUUGAACUGGCUGCAGCCUUCCACGGCAGGGCCGAGCACCUCAGAAAGGAUCCCCUUCAUCGGCAGACGAGCGCGUUCGAUGGUCCUUGGGGCGUCUCGUUGGCACUCAGCAGAAGAAGUUGCAGCUUAUCACGGUGCAACUUCUAACCAAUUAGCCUAACCAGGCCAAGCAGGCCUAACCAGUUGGCCUAGGUGCCACGCCACCCACGGAGUUCGGGACAGCAGCAUCUACGACGAACAAGUUGACUGGCCGACAUCAAGGCAGCAAUGGUUACGGAGUCGGCAAGAGCACCGACUUUGAGGAAGAUCCGACAAGCUUCAGACCGGGAAUAUACAUGUGACGAUGAACUCGGUAAGAACGAUCCUCUCUCGUAGUGUCGCAGCCGUAGGCUAGGGUUGCCUGACUUUUGUGGAGCAAACGCCAUGGACUAAUGUUGGCGAGAAUAAGCACAAGUUUAGUGAUUAAGUAGGUUGUAUCAGUGUUAGGGUUGCUGCAUUGUGCAUUAGUGUGAGUAUUAUUGUGAGUUUUUGGGUUUGAGUGUAAUUAAAAUCUGUUUGCUAUGUUGCCAUGCGUCUUGCAUCCCUAUCUCUCAUAACACCCGCACGCCCCCCGAGUUCGGUGACACGCGACAACAACCAGUGACCAUGCCGAUCAACAGAAAAGGACAGGCUUAUUGUAUCAGGACCGAACCCAUCAUGGGUGAAACCAACAUGAUGGAAGCCGCUGACAUUACCAACCUUAGGUAGCACGUCGCUACUGACUAUGAAAUAAGUGGUGCUUCGAUGGAGGAGUUUCUCGAGUGCAGAUAGUGUUACCUUGUUCUGCGAAGUGAUCUCCGACGGGACGAUUGUUGGCGCAGCAGACAGCGCCGUUGUGCGACAAAGGCGACGACGGCAGUGGCAGUGACGAGAUCGACAAAGGCCCGUCUUUGACACCUGACCCCAAUGUUCACCCAACGUACACUGUCGUUGAUUGAGUCGCUCAUUGACAAAGGCCCGUCUUUGACACUGACUGCCAAUGUUCACCCAACGUACACUAUCGUCGAUUGAGUCGCUCAUUGAUUUCAUGCACACUAAAUUGUAGCCACCGGAGUUCGUGCAGCAGCUAGGCGCCAUGCACAAUGCAGUUGUAAACCUGAAACUUCUUCAAAAGCAAGUGAAGAUUUUGGACUAUUUCAGAGCACCUAAUGCUUGACACGCUGUUUAGAGGUGUAAAUAAACAUCUGUUUUUUUUUUUUUUGACAGCUCACUUUCUACAACG